AAAAAGUGUGAGCUCUAAACUGAGCUAGCUUCAUCAUUCGUGCAUCUUAUAAAACCUAGUAUUUCUCGAAGCUCAACUGUAAAGAAAAAUGUGGCGGCUGAAGAUCGCAGAGGGCCACGGCCCGUAUCUGUACAGCACGAACAACUUCGUCGGCCGGCAAAUAUGGGAGUACGACGAGAACGCCGGCACGCCGGAGGACCGAGAAGCGCAGCUCCUCGAUUUCCAGAAGGCUCGCGACGACUGGAGCGAGAACAGGAAGAAGGGAUUCCAUUCAUGCGCCGAUUUGUUCAUGAGACUGCAGCUCAAAAGGGAAAGCGGAAUCGAUCUGCUCGGAAUCCCGCCGGCGAGAAUCGGAGAGGAUGAAGAGAUCAGCUACGAAGCCGCCACGACCGCCGUCAAGAAGGCGCUGCGGGUGAACCGGGCGGUCCAAGCUAGCGACGGCCACUGGCCGGCCGAGAACGCCGGCCCGCUCUUCUUCACUCCCCCUCUGCUGAUAUCUCUGUACAUAAGCGGAAUGGUGAACAAGGUGCUGACACCUGCGCACAUUAAGGAGCUCAUCCGCUUCAUCUACAACCACCAGAAUGAGGAUGGGGGAUGGGGAUUUUACAUAGAAGGGCACAGCACGAUGAUUGGAUCGGCGCUAAGCUACGUGGCGCUAAGGAUACUGGGGCAGGGACCAGACGACGGCGACGGCGCCAUGGGCAGAGGAAGGCAAUGGAUUCUUCAUCACGAAGGCGCUACCGGGAUACCCUCCUGGGGAAAGACGUAUCUUUCGGUUCUUGGAGUGUACGAAUGGGACGGUUGCAACCCACUUCCCCCGGAGUUUUGGCUCUUCCCUUCCGUUUUCCCUUACCAUCCAGCAAAGAUGUGGUGUUACUGCCGCACAACCUACAUGCCAAUGUCGUACCUAUACGCGAAACAGUUCCACGGGCCCCUGACCGACGUCGUUUUGGCCCUCCGCAACGAAAUCCAUUUGAAGCCCUACGACGAGAUCGACUGGAACAAGGCGCGGCACCACUGUUGCAAGGAGGAUCUUUACUACCCUCACUCCAAGAUCCAAAAUCUUCUCUGGGACACUCUCAACUAUUGCAGUGAGCCGCUGAUGCGGCGGUGGCCGUUGAACAAGAUCCGGCAGAAGGCCAUGGACAAGGCCAUCAAAUACAUGCGCUAUGAAGCUGAGGAGACCAGAUACAUCACCAUCGGAUGCGUCGAAAAGAGUCUGCAGAUGAUGUGCUGGUUCGCCGACGACCCCAACGGCGACGAAUUCAAGUACCACUUAGCUAGAGUUCCCGACUACCUAUGGCUGGCGGAAGACGGCAUGAAGAUGCAGAGCUUCGGCAGCCAGCUGUGGGAUACCACGCUCGCGACACAAGCUGUUGUCGCGAGCGGCAUGGUUGAGGAGUACGGCGACUGCCUCAAGAAGGCGCAUUUCUUCAUAAAAGAGUCGCAGGUGAAGGAUAACCCCAAGGGGGAUUUCACGGCCAUGUAUCGUCACUUCACCAAAGGCUGCUGGACUUUCUCCGAUCAAGAUCAUGGCUGGGGCGUCUCCGACUGCACGGCCGAAGCGCUCAAGUGUCUGCUUAUGCUGUCGCAAAUGCCGACGGAAAUCGCCGGUGAGAAGGCCGACGUGGAGCGCCUCUACGACGGCGUGAAUUCGCUCCUUUACUUGCAGAGCCCUCUCAGCGGCGGAUUUGCGAUCUGGGAGCCGCCGGUUCCGCAGCCGUGUCUGCAGGUUUUGAACCCUUCGGAGCUCUUUGCGGAUAUUGUGGUUGAAGCAGAGCACGUGGAGAACACAGGCUCUAUAAUCCAAGCACUCGUCUCCUUCAAGCGUCUGUAUCCAGGCCAUCGCGCCAAAGAAAUCGAAGCCUCUGUUGCACAUGCAAUUAAAUUCCUCGAAGGAAGGCAAUUGCCCGAUGGUUCAUGGUAUGGAUACUGGGGAAUUUGCUAUUUGUAUGGGACAUGCUUUGUAUUGGGAGGACUAGUUGCAGCGGGGAAGACGUAUGAGAACAGUGAAGCAGUGAGAAAAGCUGUGAAUUUCUACUUGACAACACAGAAUGAAGAAGGUGGAUGGGGAGAGAGCCUCGAGUCCUGCCCAAGCAUGAAAUACAUUCCGUUGGAAGGAAACCGCACAAAUUUGGUUCAGACAUCAUGGGUCAUGCUCGGUCUCAUGUGUGCUGGACAGGCGGAGAGGGAUCCAAAACCUCUACACAAAGCAGCAAAGUUAUUGAUUAAUGCACAAAUGGAUGAUGGAGAUUUCCCUCAAGAGGAUAUAAAUGGGGUGUUCAUGAAGAACUGCAUGCUGCAUUACGGGCAAUACAGGAAUAUAUUCCCGUUGUGGGCACUGGGAGAGUAUCGCAAACAAGUUUGGUCAUCGCAAUGCUCGCUAUGGGCUCAAUAGGCUUUCAAAGAUCAAAAUUUGGUUUCUAAGGUAGAUUUGAGCCCAACUAUUGUUUGUGGAAUUGGGCCCAACUAUUUCUUUUGGUAGCAUAAACAAAUAAAUUAAUUUUAUUGUUAUUGGCGCCUAAAUACACGAAUUUUAAGUCUAUUUUAAUUUUUU